AUGUCUCUGAUUUGGAAAGUAUUUCAUUGGAAAUUUACAAAAAAGUACGUCUAUAAUAAAUUUAAUUAUAAAGGUUUAGAAAGUUGUUUCUUCGAUUUUAAGCUAUUGACAUUUCAUCUAGCAGAUACAACAAUAAUCAAUGAAUUUGUUGCUGUAAUCGAUUAUUCUACUAAUAAAUUAUAUCAAACCUCUGAUCAACCAAUUACUGAAAAAAUUCAAAACAAUUUUCAAGAAAUAAUUUAUCUUAUUGAAGGUUAUCUUGAAUCAAUCAAUACUACAAUAAACAUUAGUAAGAAUUCAAUUGGUAUUUUAAGUCGUUUAAAAACUAAUCCAAUCUAUUCUUAUUCUCAAAUCAAUGAAAACAAUUCAUUUUUAUAUUAUUCAACAGAAACAACUAAUGCAAAUUCAAUAGCAAGUAUAUCAAUUUAUCCAACAUCAAUCGAAAACUUAUUAGACACAGAUAUUUAUACAUUUUAUUAUCUUCCAUCAUUACUUUUUCGUUAUGCACAAAAAGAUCGAAAUAUAAUUAUAGAUUCACCUAUUACUGGUCUACAUUUACCGAAUAACGCUUCACGUUUUAUUAACAUGUCAUUUAUUGACAAUAAACUUUCAUCUGGAAAAUAUUCCUGUGCUUUUUGGCAAUAUAAUCGAUGGAAUAAUACUGGUUGCUCUUAUUCUCUAGAUUCCAAUUUAAAUCGUCAUCUCUGCUUUUGUAAUCAUACAACAUCAUUUGCAUUAAUAUUUAUUCCACAUAAAACUUUAAAGAUUCUCAUUAUACCAUUUAUAAUUUUUGCUAUAAUUUCAAUAGUAUGUUUUUCUAUAUCAUUAAUUCUUUCAAUGCAUCGACAAGCAAAAUCUUUUCGUCAUCUAUCAAUAGCAAAUAUAUUUAGUUUAUCAAAUUCAAUUAUUUUCUUUAUAUUAAUUACUGUUAUUAUAAUUCGUGCUAAUAAAUCAUCAAAAAUAGAAUCAAUAAAUCAAGAUAAAUGUUCAACAUUACCUAAAAAUUUAACUAUUGCAACUUAUUUUUUUUUCAUAUUAACAUUUGCAAGUAAAACUUUACUUGGUAUUGGAUAUUUUUUAACAAUACUUUAUCAUUUUAUUUUCAUUCAAUUUACAGCUAUAUCGAAUAAAUGGUUUUAUGGAAGUUUUUUGCUUGUUAUUUUUAUUGCUUUAAUACCAAUAAUAAUUAUUAGUAUAAUGAUGAAUCAAUGGACAAAUUUAUUUAUACAAUAUCAAGGGAUAUGUUGGUUUCAUAAAUCAUUUAUAUUUCGAUUUAUUUCAAUACCAAUAAUUAUAUUUCUUUCAUUAAAUAUAUUAAUUUUAUUUGGAAUAACUGUUCGUUUAAUUCAAUUUUUUAUUGAUCGUAAAAUGUCACAAACAAAUGAAAAACGAAUGUUUGUUUCAAUAAUGAUAUGGAUUACAUUAUGUAUAUCAUUAGGUAUUGCUUGGAUAUUUGGACCAUUUUUAGAUUUUAUCAUCAAAGAGGAAAGUCAAACAUCAUCAAAAAUUAUACAAUGGAUAUUUGGUAUUUAUAAUGGACUCGAAGGUGUAUGGAUAUUGGGUAUUAAUGUAAUGUUUUAUUUAAAUCAAAAAUUGACAAAGAAAUAUCGUUCAAGAGUUACAAAUAAAGCUAAAAAUUAA